AUGACAGUAUUUGACAUGAUGGAGCUCUUCCGGUUCGGGUGGGAGAGGAAUGUGAGUCUGGGUCUGGUUCUGGCUCUGGUUCUGGAUCUGGCUCUGGUUCUGGGUCUGGCUCUGGUUCUGGAUCUAGCUCUGGUUCUGGCUCUGGUUCUGGGUCUGGUUCUGGCUCUGGGUCUGGGUCUGGUUCUGGCUCUGGGUCUGGUUCUGGUUCUGGCUCUGGGUCUGGCUGGGAGCCGGGACCGGGACCGGGACCCCCCCCCGGGAGGGGUCUGCGGGCUGUGUGAGCCGGACCUGUGCCCGGAGACCCGGGGCUGCAGGGCCGGCCUGGUGCUGGACUCCUGCGGCUGCUGCAAGGAGUGCGCGAACCUGCAGGGUCAGACCUGCGACCCGGGACACCGAGGCGUCUUCUACGGGCUCUGCGGGACCGGGAUGCGGUGUCAGGCGGACCCGCGGCCCGGAGGAGCAGGAGGAGCAGGAGAGGAGGAAGAGGAGGAGGAGGAGGAGGAGGUGUGUGUGUGUGAGGAGCAGAAGGUGGUGUGUGGCUCUGAUGGAGUCACAUACAUGAACAUGUGUCAGUUCAGAGAGGCUGCGUUCUCCAAACCAGACCUCAAGACCAGAGGAAGGGGGCCCUGCAAGACCGUCCCCGUCAUUAAGGUGCCCCCCCACAGCCAGGUGAACGGGACAGGCAGCAGCCUGGUGUUCCUGUGCGAGGUCUUUGCGUUCCCCAUGGCUCUGGUGGAGUGGAGGAAGGAGGGCCGGGACGUGGUCCUGCCCGGAGACGACCCCCACAUCUCCGUCCAGUCUCGGGGAGGUCCUCUGAAGUUCGAGGUCUCCAGUUGGCUGCAGAUCGAGGGGGCGGGGCCAGAGGACUCGGGGACCUAUCGCUGCGUCGCCCGUAACAACGUGGGAUCAGUGUCGGCCUCCGCUGUACUGGGAGUACUGGGAGCAGAGGAGCUGUCGUCCUACCUGGCCAAUAGCGUGUCAGAGAUGAAGCAGCUGAUGGACGCCACAGACUACGAUCAGGACUUUUACUGACUGAGUGUGUGAUGUCACUUCCUGUCACAUGACACCGUUUGGCUUCAUCAGAGACACUAAGGCCAGUUUGUUUCCAUCGAUAUACUUAAACAUUCUAAUUAUUAUUAUUAAUGUUAAUAUUACUAUUAUUACUGUUGUUA